CCAGUUGCUCCAACCUGCGGAAAGGCUGCGAGUCGGUGACCUACUGGAGCUCGGGGUUUGUGGCUCUGCAAGCCUGCAUCGAUGCUGCCAUUAUACAGCUGAAGACGAAUCAAUCGGUUUGGGAACACCUCAAACCGACGGGAGCCGUGGUGAUGGGAGAGGCUGCCGUGGUGGAAAUAGAUAAUUUUCCUCGUGCGAUCAUUUUAAUUUACCUCGUGAUCGCUUUCUCGCCGUUUGGGUAUUAUUUGGCAAUUCACAUUGUGGCGGAAAAGGAGAGGAAGUUGAAGGAAUUCUUAAAAAUAUUGGGGCUGCACGACACCGCCUUUUGGCUUUCUUGGGUGCUGCUCUACGUGAGCCUGAUUUUUGUCAUGUCCAUUCUUAUGGCGGUGAUCGCGACGGCCUCGUCCCUCUUUCCCCAGAGCAGUGCCUUUGUGAUAUUUCUCCUUUUUUUCCUGUAUGGAGUCUCUUCAGUUUUCUUUGCACUUAUGCUGACGCCUCUAUUUAAAAAGUCGAAGCAUGUGGGUAUAGUGGAGUUCUUGGCGACGCUGGCUUUUGGGUUCGUGGGCCUUAAUAUUGUCCUCUUGGAAGAUUUCCCCAAGUCUUUCGUGUGGAUUCUCAGCCCCCUGUGCCAGUGCAGCUUCUUGAUCGGUGUCGCGCAGGUCAUGCAUCUAGAAGAUUACGAAGAUGGUGCAACGUUUUCAAAUCUCGAUCGCAGUCCUUACCCACUCUUUAUUUCUCUUAUUUUGCUGGUCCUCGAUAGCAUAUUUUACCUACUUGUAGCCGUCUACCUUGACCAGGUUAUCCCAGGGGAGUUUGGACUCCGCCGCACGCCGUUUUUCUUCAUGAAGCCCUCGUUUUGGUCGAAGCGCCGAAAAAACUACAAGGAGCUGUACGAGAGCAGCGUCAACGGCAGUUUGAGUUUCAGUGAGAUAGUGGAGCCCGUGCCCUCUGAAUUUCAGGGGAAAGAAGCCAUCAGAAUCAGCUGUGUUCAGAAAACAUUCAGGAAAAAGGGGGAAACUGUGGAGGCUCUCAGAAAUUUAUCCUUCGACAUCUACGAAGGGCAGAUCACAGCUCUGCUUGGGCACAGCGGGACGGGGAAGACGACGCUGAUGAACAUCCUCUGCGGGCUGUGUUUUUUUUCUGUCGGUGGAGUCUCUGUCUAUGGGCACAAAGUCUCCGAAAUCGAUGAAAUGCUGGAAGUGCGACAGAUAGCGGGGGUGUGUCCCCAGUCCGACAUACACUUCGAUAUAUUAACCGUGGAGGAGAAUCUCUCCAUAUUUGCUGCAAUUAAAGGGAUCCCUCAGAACGAUUUGAUACAAGAGGUGCAGAAAGUGUUGUUGGAUUUGGAUAUGCAGCCUAUCAGAGACAACCAAGCUAAAAAAUUAAGCGGGGGGCAGAAGAGGCGGCUGUCGGUGGGAGUUGCUGUUCUCGGGAACCCCAAGGUUUUGCUGCUGGAUGAGCCGACGGCGGGUAUGGAUCCGUGCUCGCGGCACAUCGUCUGGAACCUCCUGAAGAACAGGAAAGCGGAUCGCGUGACCGUUUUCAGCACCCACUUCAUGGAUGAAGCCGACAUCCUGGCCGAUCGUAAAGCUGUGAUUUCUCAAGGGAUGUUAAAAUGCCUUGGAUCCUCUCUUUUUCUGAAAAGCAAGUGGGGAAUUGGCUACCGCUUGAG